CCCCCCAAACACCACACGACACAAAAGAGAAGAAAUGCGAGGAAAAGGGACUGAAGAGGUGGCUGGCGACCUACAACUACCAACUCGGGGAACUGCGGAGAGACCAAGCGACCGCCUUGUGGGACACCCUCGUCCGGCCGAGUCCACGCGCCACGGGGGUCCUGCAGCGCGUCCAGGCCUCGUCGGUAGCAUGGUUGCACAGGCGGUUGCACGAAGCGAGGCAUUUCCGCUCCCUUGGUCUCGGGGGCAACAGGGAGCGACGGAUGCUGCGGCUCGUCACCAGGGGGCCCGACUACAACCCGGUGCUGGUCAGCACCCUGACCUCUCUCGUCGCAAGAAUGAGAUCCAUCUACAACUCCGUGACCUUGUUUCGCGGCGGUUUGACCUUACGCGGCGAAGGUGACGUCACGAGCUUCAUGAGGACCUCUCGCGACCCCGAGCUCCUGCUGUGGGCGUGGACCUCCUGGCGGGACGUCGUCGGGCCGCCCCUACGCCCUCUCUUCGCUAGGACGGUGGAGGUGGCCGAUGUCGCUGCCCGGAGGGGAGGCUACACUGACAUGGGAGCAGCCUGGCAGGACGAACUCGACUUCGGUGCCGAUGUGGACGUGAUGGCGGAGGUCGAGGCUCUGUACAACGAAGUGGCGCCAUUGUACACUCUCUUGCACGCCCUAGUUCGCCACGCCCUCGCUGAGCACUACGGGGAAGGGGUAGUGGGUGCGACGCAGCCUAUUCCAGCCUAUCUUUUGGGCGAUCUGUGGGGACAAAAUUGGAUAAGUUUACUAGAUUUAAUCCUUCCUGAAGAGAUGGAGAAGGCUAACGCAACGGCAUCGAAGGAGAGCGAGAAGACCGUUAGAGAUAUGGUGAAGGAAGGUGAAAAGUUCUUCCUCGGUUUGGGGUUCCCGCCAUUGUCCAAAAAGUUCUGGUCAGAAUCCAUCCUUGGUGAUUCAGAAGCUCCGGGAAACACGACCUGUCAUCCGAGGUCCCUUGACAUGUUUUCGCAAGAUGAUUAUAGAAUGAUUAUGUGCAACAUACAAGGCAAGGAAGGACAAGCAGUGGCUUAUCACGAACUAGGCCAUAUCUAUUAUUUCCAGUCAUAUAGUCACCAACCUACGAUCUUCAGGGAUGGUGCCAACUCAGCCUUCCACGAGACUAUUGGUGACACCGUGCAGCUGUCUGCCAUGACACCCGCAUGUCAGGGCAGGUCAAAGGUCAGCGGGCACCAAGAGGCAAACAGUAGAGACUCAUCCUCUAGUAACCUGUCUGCGAGUGAGCUUCGGCACCUCCUGACGCAGGCGUUGCAGAAGCUGCCUCUCUUCGCCUUCGCUCGCGUGAUGGACGAGUGGCGGUGGGGGCGUCUUCAGGGAGAGGAAUUUGAAUUUCUCCACUCCUAA